AAAUAAAUAAUAAAUAAUAAAAGUAUAGAUUUCUGAGCGUCACUGGGAUUUGACCAAUGAGAGCGCUCAUUGAAAGGCGGUGGUUUGAAAAUAGAAAAUGGCCGCCUCCCGAGUCCGAGCGCUGCUGCAGAGCUGUGAUCCGCAGAUGUUGGACGUCUGCAGGGACUUGGACUCGGCCGAUGCCUCCAGGGUGGUGCUCUUCCUCACGUCGCAGAGUCCAGAAGGUUCUGUGGCGGCAGCUCUUCGUCCUCGACUCCAUGGUGUCUCUGAUGGAGGAACUCAAAUCUGCCCGGCAACUGCUGACCACGCCCUGCCCCGCCCCCCCAGAGUUUGGGGCCCGCGGUCGGUGGAAGGACCUGAAGCUUCGGUACAAAUCGUCUGUGGAGGAAACGGAAAAACUUCUCCAAACUCAAAUCCAGAAAAUCCAACAAAUCGACGAGAGACGAGAGAGAGUCACACAACUACUACACACACUACACACACAGGGCGCCCAGCAGGAGGCGCUGCAGGCGUCUCUUCUCUCGGCCCAUGAUGCUUUGCGGCAGAGUGAGGUCGAGCUGCGGCGGCUCCUCGCCGAGGCCGAGGUCACCGCAGGUCACAUGAUCGACUGGGAGCGAAUCAGAGACGAUCUGCAGGUGGAGGUGUCUCUGGUGCAGGACGUGAUGAAGAUGAAGCUGGUGUCCCUGAGUCCAUCUGAGCUCAGUCUGGAGAUCAUCCCCGAUCCCGGUUUAGACCCUGGUCCUCCUUUAGAGCCUGGUCUAGAUCCUGGUCUAGAUCCUGGUCCUGGUCUGGACUCGGAGCCUCUGAGGCUCACGGUGAAGUUUGGUCCAGACGACACCUUCACUCUGCAGGUGAGUGAGGUCUGGGGUCUGGAGGACGGUUCUUCUGGGUCCAGGUUCGAUCUCAGGUCGGUUUUGUUGGAGCUGCUGCAGAAGUUCAGAGGUCAGAGUGAACUCCUGAGCGAGAUCCAGACUCUUCGCCACAGUUUUGCGAUCGAUUGGCGUCCGUCUCUUCGCCGUCUCGUGUUCCUGAAAAGCGCCGCCGUCGUGUGUGAGCUGCAGGUGGAGGACGGAUACCCGAGGAGAGGGGGCGUGACCCUGCUGUCGGUGCAGAGGGAGGGGGCACGCCGUGACAUCACAGACGUACAGAAUCAAGAAAAGAAAUUGUCCCUCACACAGUGGCUCCUGCUGCUCAGCUCCUCCCCCCAAGUCUGAACCAGGACUGGACCAGGUCUGGACCAGGUCUGGACCAGGUCUGGACCAGGUCUGGACCAGGUCUGGACCAGGUCUGGACCAGGUCUGGACCAGGUCUGGACCAGGACUUUUUGAUCCCUCUCUUCAUGUGAUUUUUAACCUUCUGUUCCUGUUUGUGUUUGUGAAUAAAAUGUGUUUAUCUCCCGA